AUGACUUCUGUUAAAGUCGACUCUGUCACUGAAGAACCAGUUGUGGCUGUAGGAUCAUUUUUUAAUGGUUUAUCAGUUGCACCAACUGCUGAAUUUGAUUUAUAUAAACACAAAAAAAGAGAUGAUUUUGUAUUACAUGGAGAAACAGAAACUUUAGAUUAUAAUGGAGAAUCAAGUAGUUCAAAUGAAUAUGUUGUUGCAGUUUAUGAUCCAGAAACCAAAUCUGUUGAAUUAUUCAAGACCCCAUAUAUGUCUACUAAAGUUACAGCCAAGAGAAAUAGAAUUUAUAAAGGACCUAAAAUCAAGAGUGCAGGUCUUAGAAAUGUCAUUCAACGUAAUGCAUUGGGUGAAGCUUUCGGUACCAAGAAAGCUAAAGCUGCUAUUCACAAUUUGGAAAAGAACAGAAUCGAUUCUGAAAAAUUACAAGACUUUGAGUUGGAUAUUGUUGAUACUGUUAAAGAAAACACUGUUGCUUCAUCUACUAAAGAAGAAAGUGUUGAUAGACCUACUCCAUUAGCAAAUGUCGAUGCCACUAAUGUUGAAGACAUUUAUCCAAUCAAGAAUAUCAUACCAGAAAAGGAAUGGCAAUAUCUUCGUGUUGGUUCAUUGCUCACUGCUGAAGAUCCUUUGGAAUUGUUACCAUUUACUAAAUCUGAAUUCAUUAAGAAACAACUUCCAAUUUUAAUUGAACAAAAAAACACCGAAAAGUUACAAAUGCUUUUCUAUGCAUCCAUUUUGUUUGGUGUUUAUGACAAGAGAAGAUCAAAGGAUAAACAAACUCUUUUAACUGGAUUACAAAAUAAAGCAUCUGAAGUCUUGAUUGAUGGUAUUUUAGAAAGAUUUGCUAUUUCCCGUGCUUCUCAAUUUGGUAAAUCCAAAGACAAGUCAUUUUUCAUUGAUCCACACCAUGAAGAUAAAUUAUUAACUUAUUUGUUCAUUUUACUUUUGCACAUUAAUAACUUUGCUGUUGAAUUGGUUCCACUUUCUAAGGAUUUGAAAUUGAAAAACACUAAAUUGGUUGCUUUAUUCAGAGCCUUGGGUGCUAUCAUCAAAAGUGCCACUGUUGGUGAAGCUGAAGCUCUUGGAAUUCCAAAGAGUGCUGCUGGUACUUAUAAGAUUGCUACUUUGAAAGUUCCAUUCAAAUUGCCAGAAUUAACCAGAAGAGGUAAACGUCGUUAA